AGUAACUCGUACGUCAAUCUACAUAUCAAACAUAUAUCGAUUAUUUUAUCAUCAAUACAUACAUUCCUUCAUACAUGCAUACACAGAUGAUAUAGAGAGAUACAGAAACUUUGGAAACAUUGAUAUACAGGAAUAAAGCGAUUUCGAUUAAUUAUUGAAUCUUAUAUAUAUAGCACAGCUUAAUUGAUUGAAAGAAGUUCAAAGUUGUAAGUGGUAGAUAAAAUGGGGUCCAUUGUAGAAACAGAUCAUAAUUACACAAGAAACACAAAACCUCCUGGAAUCAGGUUUGUAGAAUGUACAAAGAAAUCAAACAUUUCAUUCAAAUCCCAUCAAGCAAUUGUUUUAAUUGUAACGUUUCUAGCAUACACAAGCUACCACGCAGCUCGUAAAACAACGAGCAUCAUCAAAAGCGCACUUGACCCACAAACACCCGACCAAAGUCUAGAAUCCGUCUCUUUUUUGCGACGAUCCAAUGCGCUUUCGUGGAUUUUAGGAAGCGGUUGGGCUCCGUUUAAUGGUUCAAAUGGGACAGGAUUGCUUGGGGAUCUUGACUUGGCGUUUUUGUUUGUGUAUGCUGUUGGUAUGUUCUUUUCGGGUCACAUUGGUGACAGGAUGAACUUAAGAAUCUUUUUGACUAUUGGAAUGGUGGGAACCGGAUUGUUUACUACAUUAUUCGGUGUUGGAUAUUGGGCGAACAUCCAUAUAUUUUACUACUAUUUGAUGGUUCAGAUGUUUGCGGGGCUGUUUCAAUCAACCGGGUGGCCUUCUGUAGUUGCGGUUGUGGGGAAUUGGUUUGGAAAGAGUAAAAGAGGGCUUAUCAUGGGUAUUUGGAACGCUCACACAUCUGUUGGAAACAUUGCUGGCUCGUUGACCGCUUCGUAUUUCUUGAAAUUCGGAUGGGGUUGGUCAAUGGCUGUUCCCGGUUUAGCCACUGCUGUUGUUGGACUAAUUGUUUUCAUGUUCUUGCCCGUUGAUCCUGAAUCAGUUGGGGUCGUUAGAGAUGAAGACGAAUCCGAAUCUCUUAAGAAGGAAAUAACCGAUCCUCUUUUGACCCCAAAGGAAGAGAACGAGAAAGGAUCGGCUGUUGGGUUUCUCGAAGCAUGGAGAAUACCCGGGGUCGCUCCUUUUGCGUUUUGCCUGUUUUUCGCGAAAUUGGUUGCUUAUACGUUCCUGUAUUGGCUUCCUUUUUACAUCAGUCACACAGCUAUAAAUGGGGAGUACUUGUCGAAUGAGGCUGCUGGAAACUUAUCCACAUUGUUCGAUGUAGGGGGUGUGGUGGGAGGAAUCCUAGCCGGUCACAUUUCUGACCGGCUAGGUGCUCGUGCCAUUACAGCUGCGAGCUUUACAUAUUGUGCAAUUCCAGCUCUGUACCUAUACCGAAGUUAUGGACAUAUAUCGAUGCCUGUAAACGUCAUUCUCAUGCUAGUCAUUGGGAUGUUUGUAAACGGACCAUACGCCCUCAUUACAACAGCAGUUUCGGCUGAUCUAGGGACUCAUAAGUCUUUAAAAGGCAACUCUAAGGCACUGGCAACAGUAACCGCAAUCAUUGAUGGAACAGGAUCGAUUGGUGCUGCGAUUGGGCCGGUGUUAACGGGUUACAUUUCAACUCAAAGCUGGAGUGCGGUAUUUAACAUGCUUAUGGUAUCAGCUUUUGUGGCUGGGUUGUUUUUGACAAAAUUGGUGGUGGCCGAGGUAACGGCAAAAUGUCAGGAUUCAGAAAGGGGUUCGAGUACUAGUGGCAGCCCUCGGUCAGGUAUGGUUGAAGAAGUCUGAUUAAUCAUCGAUUAAUCAUCAAUGGUGGUUGUGAAAUGAACAUUUUGAGAAAAAAGAAAUGUGAUAUUUGGGCAAAAUUAUUUUCAUGUCGAUGGUCGAUGCUUCAAAGGAGGAGAGGGAAAACGGCCGUGUAUACAAUUGUAAUUUCUCCAAGAUUGUUUCAAGUAUAGGACGAAGCGACUGGGUUUGAACGUUUGUGUUUUGUACAUGUAAUUAAGUAAUAACGAAUACCCACUCGUCGAUCAAAGUUUGCUAGUAUUUUGGACCGUUAUAUCUAGAGGUUCAAAUACUCGGUUUUCUUAGUAUCUAUCCAAAAUAGUACAAUUUUAUUUGAUUCAUCAUAUUUUUUUAUUGGGAAGAAAGUGAGACAUCAAAAUGUUUCUA